UUCUGAUUUUCCAAUCAACAAAAUCGUCGGGCCAAGCUGUCGAAUUCCCGAAGCACACACAAGUUUAUAUUAAAUAUAUAUUUUGAGUUUUAAAUUGAAACAAAUACCGGCGAGAUGGAGGAGCUAGAUAUUACCAGCGUGGGUCAGUUCCAGACCCUGGUGCGCUACAACAAUCCGGUGCUGGUGGUGAAGCACCCGGACAAGAAGGGUGGUGCUCCGCUGACGGAGAUUGAGAUGAAGAGGCCCCAAACGGCGGGCGCUCUGCUAGAUUCCAAAAGGGAAACCGAGGAGAUACUGAAUUCCAUUUUGCCACCGCGCUGCUGGGAAGAGGAUGGCCAGCUGUGGCAGCAGUCCGUGUCUAGUACUCCAGCUACACGCCAGGAUGUAAUAAACUUGCAGGAGAUGCUGGACACCAGGCUCCAGCAGACCCAAGCCCGCGAAACGGGGAUCUGUCCCGUGCGCCGCGAGCUCUACUCCCAGUGUUUUGACGAGAUCAUUCGCCAGGUCACCAUAAACUGCUCGGAGCGCGGCUUGCUGCUCCUGCGCAUCCGCGAUGAGAUCGCCAUGUCAAUGGAGGCCUAUGAGACACUAUACUGCAGCUCCGUGGCCUUUGGCAUGCGCAAAGCUUUGCAGGCACACGAGGAAAAGGAAAUGCUCCGUGAUCGCGUCAAAACCCUAGAACUGGACAAAGAAGCGCUGGAGGAGAUUAUCGCAGACAUGAAGCUCAAGCAGGAGCAGGCGGAGCGGCGCAAUGCCGAGCUGAGGGCCUCCGAGGAGAAGAAGUUCACCGAGGAGAUCACGUUCUUGAAGAAAACCAACGCCCAGUUGAAGGCUCAGCUGGAGGGCAUAACCGCACCCAAGAAGUAGACUGGUAUUACGGGGUGUGUGGUCUAUGCGAUUUGCAUUUGUCACUUUAAAACUUUGUUGGACUUAUUGAAAUUAAAUUAUUUGAGCAACUUAAAA